AAGAAGGAACUGAACACAUGAGUUCUAUCAGCACCUUUUUUCGGUUUUUCAAGCACCAGAUAUUUCAAAUAAAAACCAAUGAUUGUGCCAUUUAAAUAUUCUUCGUUUAAGUGCUGAAGAUCUUCACUGGCCACACAGCUGCAGCAAUUUGAAGAUUUGGUGGGAGAUCAAAGUUACCUCCAUUUUCCAAAGGCAGCCAGGAUACAUCAGGGUUGGACAAUGCUGUUUCCCUUUCACCUUUGGGACUCCAGGAUUCCCCAUAUCCCACACUAGGCCCCCGCACAGCAGGUGGCUGCCGUGGGCCAUUAAAGGGUGGGCCCGUUUGUUUGGGUCCCUCCCAGGAAAAUGCCAAUUGAAGUGUUUUAUAAUAGAUGGAUGGUGUUUGCCCAGCAGGCAGGUUCCCAAGAUAAGGUGGCGCCAUAUCGUACUUCACGGACAGUAUAAAACAUGAAGCAUCCCUUUGGCCAAUUCUGCAGAACUCAGGCACAGAGCACCCAGCCCACCCAAGGACUGCGCAGGCUGCAAGGAUGUUUUGGUUCACGCUCCUUGCAUUGCUCUGUUGCGGCAUCACCAUCAACACAGCUCAGCCACGUUCUUCUUCCUAUUCUGGCGAGUACGGCGGAGGUGGCGGGAAACGCUUCUCCCAUUCUGGGAACCAGCUGGAUGGGCCCAUAACUGCCAUUAGGAUCCGGACGAACCGGUGGUACAUCGUGGGUCUCCAGGUCCGUUACGGCAAGGAGUGGAGCAACUACGUGGGGGGUUCUUCUGGCGACCUGGAGGAAAUCUUCCUGCACCCCGGCGAGUCCAUCAUCCAAGUCUCCGGGAAAUACAAAAGCUACGUCCGCAAACUUGUGUUCGUCACCGACAAGGGGCGCUACUUCCCUUUUGGGAAGGACACAGGCACCAGCUUCAACGCAGCUCCUCUCUUCCCAAACACCGUCCUGCGUUACUUCAGUGGCAGCUCUGGUUCAGUCAUUGACGCCAUCGGUUUCCACUGGGACUACUACCCCAGUGACUGCCCCUCCUGUGGAAAGUGAAGGAGCACAGCAGGGAGAGACCAGCUGAUCAAUGGGGCAGGGAGCAGGGACAGCUCAGGGCCCAUGUCUUUCCACCCAAAUCUCGGGGAUUUCCUUUCCCCUUACCGACUGAUUAUUCGUGAGGCAAAUAAUUUUCCAGCACAUUUUCUGUCACCUCUUUUGUUAACUCUGUUGAACCAACGCCUACCUCAGCCCUGCCCCGUGUUUUCAGAGCUUCCUCUCCUGUCAAACAGCUAGCGCAGCACUGCUGUCGAUCAGCAUCGAGCAAUAAAAAAGCAAAUUUGCAAAAAGG